AAACGCGGCUGCGUAAGCCGCCAUCUUGAGCAAGCCGUCAUUAUUAUUUAUGGUAGAACAUUGCAUGUCAAAGCUUGGCGUGUGUUGUUAAAAAAAAAUUGAAUUAUAAGUGAAUUUUUACGGUAAAUUGACGUGAGUUUCCCAAAUAAACCGACUAGUAAAAGGCGAUCGAUUUCGGUUUUGUGUAGUCGCCAGAAGCAGUUGAAUAUUUUUACCCCAAGGUCGUGGUUUGCCGCCUGUUUUUCUACAUAGUCUAUGUGAAUUUAACAUCAGUUGCCCUACGCUUUAAAAAUCAGUUCUUUAUAACCGGGUGCAUUGAGCUGAUCAAGAUGGUCGAUGUAGAUAAACUAUCAGACGGGGAGCUCCGCACCAAAUUAAUAGAAUUUGGUUUCCCUGUGAUGCCCAUCACAGGAACUACCAGAAAAGUAAUGGUCAGGAAAUUGAAGCUCCUUCUGGAGAAUCAGAACAAAGUUGGUUCUAGUGAUGGGAGAAGGUCCCUAGGCAGAUAUUCCAGUGAAGAGGACAGUGAUGCUGAUGUUAAAACUACAAAAAAUCAAAAGAACCGCAGAGCUACGAUGGCAGCUCCAGUAUCUAGUACUGGCAUGGUCACUAGAAAAUCCGUAGUAGAGCCCGUGUUGCGCAGUCCUAAGAAACAAAUUCGCACUACCACUUCCACUACAACAAGAUCAUCCAGAAUUAUGCAAGCUGUAAAAGACGACUUUGAUACAGGGUCGGAUUCUGAAUCUGAUAUUCUCGCCUCAAGUAAAUCAAAACCUGAUUCAGGCUCUAAUAAUGACGAUUCCUAUGGUGAUGUUGGAUUAAAUAGCAGAAGCUCGGCCUUGAAGUCGCCACUCUCAACAUCAUCUUCAAGAUAUACUUCACCGAAGAGCGAUGAUUUUGGUUAUUCCAGCACCAGAGAUUCGAACUUCUAUGCCCCUCCAUCUCCAAGUAGAUACACAUCAACUUUUAGUGAAAUUGGCGGGACUGGUUCUGGAUCUGCUACUUAUGGCACUGACAAGCUAAAUCAAGUUCGAGCGAGACUCAGCCUGGGAAAUCCAGCUCAUGAAAAGCCUUCGUCUUACAAUCCGAUCCCGGCCAGUUCCAAUGUAACAUUAACUGAACACGAUACACCGUUUUUAAGUAACUUCACCAGGCGAUUGUCGGCUUUAAGUGCCGCAAAAAAAGCGGAGCACGAUAAGAAUGAUUUGGUUAAGGAGCACGACAGUAAUGGAUUCACUCCUUACACUAGAAGACCUUAUGUAUCAAAAACCACUCGGGGGCGUGAAUCUAUAUACGAUUUAAAAGCAAGAAGAGAUGGCUCCGAUAGAAAAAGUAAUUUUGUGUCAUAUGCUGUGCUUGCAGUGGUUGCCUUGUUUUUUAUCGUUCUUGCUGUCGUUUACCUUGGGAUGGCAUCUGAUACUUCUGUUGUCUCUUCUGGUUACAUUUCACCCAUUUGCGAUCCGGAAGAAAUCGAAAGUAAAAAAGGUGUUCACUGCCUUCUAAAGGACCACGUUCAAAGUGCCAUCAAUCUUCUAAACGUCUUGAGGCCGGAGCUUCAAAAGAAAUCACUUGCUUAUCACUGCACCGAUCCCACAAUUAAACCGCAAAUGACUGAAGCGGAGAUUGUAAAAUUUUGUCUCACAAAUUAUGCUGUUAAUAACGCGGCUAAAAUCAAGAAUGACCUAAGAAACUUGGAAGUGAUGAUUUUCCUGAAUCCCGAAUGGAAAAUAGACGUCGCUCAGACGGAUACCAAUGAGGGUGCUGCAACUAAGGAAAAUAUUGUGAAAAAUAUGGAGCAGGUGCUAUUCAAUAUCGACAAAAAAGUGACUAGUUUAGUGAUGUUACAUCCAGAGUUGCCUUAUAAGUGUGUUAUCUACAACUACUUCGUCAGUGCUCUUUAUUCUCUGGCGAUGUUGGGCAUUAUUUUCGCUGCUUUGUUCGUGCUCAGAUUAUCCCUGAAGUUCUAUGGCAGAUACGAACAGAAACAGAAAGAGGAGGUUAACUCCAUGGUGGAAAAAAUAUUGGACAUUCUUCAGAAUACCACCUCUGAAGGUGCAGAUAUUAAUUAUGUGGUAAUUAAUCACGUCAGGGAUGCCAUCCUCAAUGUCAACGAUAGAACUGCCAAGCAAAAACUUUGGGAGAAAGCCGUCAAAUAUAUCUCCGAAAACGAGUCGAGAGUCCGGACAGAAGUGCAAAGUGUUCAUGGCGAGUCUUUCGAUGUGUGGAGAUGGAUUGGUAGCGCCAACCUAAGCAUGACUGGUGAAGCAACAGACUGCAAAUACCGGGCAGGCCGACGAAUCGUCGAUGUCCAAUAUCUGAUCAAUGAGGUUCUUAGAUUUCCCCACCGAACAUUCUUUUUCUGCCAGUCCAAGGAUGUUUUCAUUAAAAACGAAGUGAGAGAAGGAUUUUUCUCGAUUUACGUUCUAAGGUGCAGACGAUGUUUGAAAGAACAAUCCAUCUGUAGUGAGGAGCCUGAAUCGGAUCUAAUGGAUGUCAAUCUGGCCUGCGUAGCAGGAGUUUUAAGCAUUAGACUGGAUUUAUAUCAGCUGGGUGAACUGUGCAGCGCCCUACGCAUACCUGCAGUAUCAGGAAAGGACUUUGAAAGAUACCGCGAUGAACUUCGCAAUAUAUACAAUGAUAGCAAAUUCGGCAGCGAGGAUAGUUUCGAAACUGGCCGGAUUUCGACAUCCACUCCCACUAAAUUAAGCGAAGGGCAUUCCUCAAAUGAUAGCGAACGAAUUCGAUGUGCUCUAGAAGAUAUAAGUAGUUCUCUAGCGGACUUGGAUUUGCAGCAAAAGGAAAGGGCAUUCCUGCAAGAAUUAUCCAAAGAUAUCGAGAAAAUUGGAAUGCUCACAGUGGAUCAAAGCAACUCCGACUUAUGGUUUAAAGAAAGGCAGAAACGACUCACCGCAUCGAAUUUUGGACGCAUUUGCAAACUGCUUGACAAAACCAACAGAGCUAACGUAGUCAAGGACUUAUUGUAUUCAACCUUUAAAGGCAAUGUCUACACUAACUACGGUAAACAAAACGAGGAUAACGCCAUAAGACAGUUCGAACAGUCAACAGGAAAGAAAGUGCGAAAGUCUGGUCUGCUGAUAAGCAAGAAAUACCCGUUCUUAGCCGCAUCGCCAGAUGGAAUUAUUCUGGAGGAAAAUGCCCUAGUAGAAGUAAAGUGCCCGUAUAAGGCAAGAGAUUUGAGCAUAGAAGACGCUUUUAACAAUAAGGAAAUUUUGUUCGCGACUUAUCAGGACGGCAAGCUGAGCCUUAAAAGGGAGGAUAAAUAUUAUUAUCAGGUUCAGGGCCAACUGCAUGUGGCGGACAAGGAAUUUUGCUACUUCAUUGUGUGGACUCCGAAGGGUUUGGUAUAUGAAUUGAUUGAAAGAGAUGAGCUAGUUUGGGAAAAAAUGCUCCCCAAGUUAGAGGGGUUUUACUUCAAUCAUCUGCUCCCGGAGUUAUUGAAUAAUAUUUAAGUCAUUGGAAGAGUAUGUUCAAGAACAUAUUGAGACUGCAUGAUUUAUAUUCACUGGGUGCUAGAUUAUUUGAAAAACGAUGACGAUUGAAUGGAGACUGUUAUGUUGCUAAUUAAUUAAUUAAUAAGUCCACUUUGGACUGAAUUUGAAAAAAAAAAUAUUUAAAUAAGAGGUUGGUCUAAAAUUAUUUUAUUAUGUUAAUAAUUUUAGUUAAGAAGAAUAGCUAUAUAUUUAUUUAUGCAUGCUGGUUUAUAGUUAUAUGAUUCUAUGCCCGACAUUUUUUGUUUGUUGUUUUAUAUAAUGAAAGCUAGUAACUACAUUAAUAUGUUACUGUAUUUAUGAAUAUUUCCGUAAGGAUUUUACAAUUUUAACAUAACGUAUAUAUGUUAUGUAUCUAAAAUAAUUAGGUCCCUGAUUUCGUGUACGAUUUCUGAAUUUCGCAUGUUUUAUACUACAAAGUAUGAUUACUGAAAGUAGUUUUUUCAUAAUGACGAUGCAAUAUUUGUUUGUUUGCUUUUUUAGCAACGUUCAUACAAUAAGACCCUUCACUCGCGUUAAGAGUUUCUUUAAAAAAAAAAAUGACAUUGAUUGAUUUAACAAAGUUUUCGUUAUAUCCAAUUAUAUGUUACAGAAGAAGUAUUUUGAUCGACUGAACGAAAAGUGCGACUAAUGUUUAUAUUUGUUGAUUUUGAAAUGUUUGUACUGGUUUUUCGAGUGAGAUUCACUGGCCAGUUGUUUCGCACAUUUUUAAGGAAUUUUAUACACGCUGGUGAAACCAAUGUAAACUGCAAUUCAUCACUUUUCCUGUUAAUUAGUUAAUGUUUAACUAUCGUAGAUGAAACAAGUUAAAAAACUGUUUUCUGUGAGUGCACGCUUUAAGUCCAGAGUGUUUCAGGGCUGAAUUUGCCAAAAGUCAGGGAAAGAGUUUGCUUAACAAAACAUAAAGCUUUUACAUGGACAUGAGCUUAGAAAAGCGCCGUUCGAGCAUUCUAGAGUCAUUUUUUGCUCUUGUCGAUUUGAACUAAAUGUUGUUUACGAUUAAUGAAAUUGUUUGAUCCUGUAGUUUUCCGCUUUUUAUGAAUUUAUAACUAGUUAAAAGUUGAUAUGUCGGAAACGACACACUUUCAGACCCAUGUUCAUUUGAACUAUUUUGUUUUGUUCCUUUAAAACACCUUGUGUUUUUGGAUCUUUUAAAUUUCUUUGAAGUUCAAAACUUGCUACUCUCCAGCAAACAUUGUGGCAACCGAAAUGCUAUAGGGUGUUUUAAAAUUGGCGUUAUUUCCCUUAUGCUCACUUACAGAGUACGAGAAAAAUAGAGAACAUAUUUUCUGUUUAUUGAGGACAUUAGCUCUUGAAGAUGCAACUUCAACUUUGCCCAUAUCUUAUAGGAAAAUGCAAUUAAUACGCGAUUUGUUAAUUCAUUUGCUAAUAAGCACUACUUUGAAGUAGAUUUCUACUCUAGUCUUUUGUCUGUAUGUAAGCUGAACAUUUGUUUUUUACUAUUUCUUUUCCAAUCCUUCAAACGCUCUCUUUUAACAAGCUCUUACAGAAGGAUCACUCUGUAGAUUUACAAUAAAUAGUAGGAUAUUUUUGCACUAGUGAUAAUGAAUGUGAUCUAACCGUUUAUAUAUUGUUGUGAUUAUGGUAAUAAGAUGUUCAAAUAAGCGAAUACUGAGCUCAGUUUUGCUAAAUAUUGCGUCCGUAUCUGGACAAUAUUUUUCAAAUGAUUCGUGAGUUUGCUGGAAGUUUUAUAUUCGUUUAUUAAAAGCAAACGAGUCUAUAGAACUUUUGUUAAACACAAAAAUAAGCGCUAAAGUUUAUUUUAGGAAAAAAUGUUGUACACUAGUACUUAUUUAGUUUUGAGCAUUAUUUGACAUCUUUGCUAUGUUGUAAGGAUAUAAAUUUACCAUAAGCCCGAUAUUUAUUCACAAAUGCAACUAAUAAAUAUGAACAAAAAAUA